AUACACAUGCAAAUCAAAAGUGAUGCUUGUAUCCAAUUGGACUACAUAUUUUGUUUACUUCGCGUUUUAAAGCGUUCUGGAAUUUGUGCGGUGAAGAAAUGAGCGGGUCUGACCACAAUAAUCUGAAAAGACACUCGGAAGCCGAGAAUUCCGAUAGUGACGGCGAAUGCAUUGGGCCUUUGCCACCCGCUUCGGCACCCCCUAAAAAGCGGAAAGUUCUAGAGUAUGAGAAACUGUUUCUGGAAAACCUGCCCAGUACGGAAUGCUACGAAAAGUCCUUCAUGCACCGGGAUACGAUAACCCAUUUGGUGGUAACGAAGACAGAUUUCAUCGUAACCGUUAGCGUUGACGGGCACGUAAAGUUCUGGAAGAAAAUGGAACUGGGCGUCGAGUUUGUGAAGCACUUCAGAAGCCAUCUGGCUCCGAUCAAUAGUUUGGCGGUCAACUUCAUGGGCACCUAUUUGUGUACGGCUUCAAUGGACAAAAACGUGAAGGUUUUCGAUGUAGUCAACUUCGAUAUGAUCAACAUGUUGAAGCUGGACUACGUUCCCUACCGGGCAGAGUGGAUUCACAAUACCGGAGAUGCGAUACCAUACCUAGCAGUCGCGGAUCAGGACUCCAAUAAAAUCAGUAUCUACGAUGGCAAAGGCACCAACACUCCGCUCCACGUUCUAGAGAAGCUGCACACAAAACCGGUGGUCCUGAUUAAAUAUAAUCCGGUUUACGAGUUCACCGUUUCAAUCGACCGUGCCGGAAUUCUCGAGUAUUGGUUGGGUGCUCGGGGCGAUUUUAAGUUUCCCUCUAAACUCGUGAGCUUUGAAUCCAAACUGGAUACCAGUUUGUACGAAUUUGCGAAAAACAAAACGGUAGCCGUUUCGUUAGCGUUCUCUCCGGAUGGUAAGAAAUUCGCAACAGUUUCCACCGAUCGUAAGGUCCGUGUGUUCGGAGUCUUGACGGGAAAACUACUUCGGGUGUACGACGAAAGCUUGGCACGUUACAGCGAAAGCCAGCAGUUGUCCCAGGCCCUCUCAAACAUGGAAUUUGGGCGAAGGAUGGCUAACGAACGGGAUUUGGAGAAGUCGGAAUCUUUUGCCCUGAUCAACAUUGCCUUCGAUUACAGUGGGCAUUUCAUACUGUACCCCACCAUGCUCGGGAUAAAAUUGGUUAAUAUCGAAACCAACAAGUGCGCAAAGAUUAUCGGGAAGAAUGAUAACCUUCGUCCGAUACAUUUGGCACUGUUUCAGGGUCGUGUCAAAAACUCCAAGGCAGCAUUAACGCUGGAACAUGAAGCGUCCGAUAAUCCAACACUCCAGUCGGCCGUCAACGACCCUACCUUAUUCUGUACGGCAUAUAAAAAGCAACGCUUCUACCUGUACAGCCGUAGACUACCUUCUGACCUGCAAGACGUCGAUCGUGAUGUUUUCAACGAAAAGCCUUCCAAGGAGGACAUCAUUUCUGUCACAGAAGGACAAGGUUCUCAGAAGAUCUACGACCACGCGGUGCUGCACACGACGAUGGGUGACAUCCACAUGCGUCUGUUCGGGAAGGAGUGUCCGAAAACGGUGGAAAACUUCUGUGUGCACAGUAAAAAUGGUUACUACAAUGGGCACAUUUUCCAUCGGGUGAUCAAAGGCUUCAUGAUUCAAACAGGUGAUCCGACGGGAACCGGAACCGGUGGACAAUCCAUUUGGGGCGGCGAAUUCAAGGACGAGUUCUGCCAAACGCUGAAGCACGAUCGACCGUACACCGUCAGUAUGGCCAACGCUGGACCUAGCACAAAUGGAAGUCAAUUUUUCAUAACAGUUUUACCAACGCCUUGGUUGGAUAAUAAGCACACCGUUUUCGGAAGAGUUCAUAAAGGCAUGGAAGUGGUUCAAAAUAUUUGUAAUAGCAAAACUAAUCCCAAAACCGACAAACCUUACGAUGAAAUUCGGAUAAUAUCUAUUAACUUGACGUAGAUCAUUGUUUUUUUCUCUGUCACACAAUAAAUAAACGGAACCUUAAA